CGAAAAACGAACGAGUGGCACAGUCUCACAGUGUAGAUUUAGAUUUUAGAAUCUAGAUGUGUAGAGUCUAGAUCUAGAUCUAUCAAUUAUAGAAUCUAGAUCUAAUCAAUUUUCUCUGGCAAUAUCUCUGAAGUAAAUCUACAUCUCUUUUUAUAGAUCUAGUUCUGGUCAGAGCUUGCAAGGGGAGACAAGUCAUCAGAUCAAACUUUUGUUCUCUCUUUUGACAGUUGCUUUUCCCUGAAGUUAAAAUGUCUGAAACUCUGAACUUUAGAAUAGACAGAUGGAAUGGAGUCAUAAUAGACAUGUCAAAACAAAGUUUGGAGAAUCAAAUAUUUGUGGAUAAAUUAAAGGAAUCCAUAGCACAGUGGACAACAGAAGGAAAGAGAGGAUUGUGGGUCACAGCUAAGACAGAGCACUCCGCAUUGAUUCCAUCUUUGAUUGAGUUAGGUUUCGAUUUCCACCAUGCACAGCCCGGCUAUUUGUGUUUAACAAAAUGGCUUCCAGUCGACAUUCCCAGCCACAUUCCAGGCUAUGCCAAUCACUAUGUAGGUGUCGCAGGUUUUGUGGUCAACAGUAAUAAUGAGCUUCUAGUAAUAAGAGAAAAAUACCAGGGUUUAAAAAACAAUACAAUAGCUGUGUGGAAGUUGCCUGGUGGUUUAGCAGAUGCUGGGGAAGAAAUUGGUGCUACAGCUGUAAGGGAAGUCAGAGAAGAGACAGGUGUAGAAAGUGAAUACAUUUGUAUAAUAGCUUUCAGGCACAUGCAUAAUUUUCGCCAUGGCUGCUCAGACCUUUACUAUGCUUGCCUUAUGAAGCCUUUGAGCUCAGAGAUUAAUGCAUGUCCUCAGGAGAUAGAAGAAUGCAAGUGGAUGGAUAUUGAAGAGUAUAGCCAAUUAAAUGACAUUUCUGAAGUGAACAAGUUUUUUGUCCAGAGGUACAAGGAGAUCAUCUCUACAAACACUGGGAUAACUCUGAGUAAAGUUCUCUCCUUUGAUAAGCAAGCUACACACAGUGUGUAUGGUAUAGGCAAAGUUUAGGCCCAAGUUCACCAGUGGGCACACUCAGUAUCUAGUACAUAAUUUAUUAUUGCCAAGAUCUACACAAAAUUAUAAACUUUAAAUUAUUUUUAAAAAAGUCUAAGGGCUUUAUCACAAAACUUGUAGUGCUGCUACCUGACUAAAUGGAAAAGAACCUUAUUUCUAAAACAGACAUUUUGAUGAUCAGCUGAUAUCACAUUGAAUCUUGUUUGUUUUUUUAGUGAACAUGCUGUAUUUUUAAACUUAUUAUCUAUUCGUAACAUUGAGAUUUACAAGUAAAACAUUUUAAAGCUUUGUAAUUUUUUGUUAGUCUCUGUCAACACACAAAACUUAUUUUAUUAUACGUUUUGUGAUGAAGCCCUUUUUUUUUCCCAAUUUGGUUGUUGGAAUUACUGUAUGAUGUUAUGUAAAAGCCUUAAUACAAAAGUUGUUGCACACAUUAUUUUGAUUUAAAAUGUGAACCUUACAGCACAGGAAAUUGCUGAAAAUUGCGCAGAUUUUAUUUUAAAGAGAAUUAUUUCAAUACAAUCUUUUAUGUUGUUUUUUUAUGUCAAUUUAUGAUGUUUUAAUCCAAUGUCAUUUUAUGAUGUUUUAAUACAAAAUAUUAAACAGUAUAAAAAAAACAGUAAUAUUUGUUUUUUAAACAAGAUGCCAGACUUAUUAAUGCCAAUGCUAAACCAUAGACUCUAUGAGUCUGCCAACUAUGAGUUUUACAUGAAGCUUCACUGUCACAGUUUACCAGCUGUCACCAUGAGGUGGGGCUGCACAAGACCCACUGUAGGGAGACUGUGUACUAGCAAGAGAAACAAAUCGUUUUACCUUUACCAUUACACUGCUAGCAAACAGUGCUGCCACAACAGAGACACUGCCGCAACAGAGCCACACCAGAGACACUGCCACACUAGAGACAUCACAUGGUCAUUUGAUAUAUUCAGUACAUGCAGAACAAUUUAGCCAGACCUAUUUUGUAAGUUUUUAUAGUUUUGUUUUAAAAAUGUAUGCUAUUGAAGAUCUAUUUCCUGUAUAAUUCUGAGUUUAUAAUAAAUAUAUAUACAGGGCUUUUUUUGUGACGCUACGCACCGGUACGGCAUAUCGGCACCUUUUUGAAUGUGGGGACAAUUUUAUUACUUUUCUUGUAUUUUAACGUAUAUUAUUCAUUUAUUAGUAGUUAAAAGUUAAUUACUGAGUACUGGCACCAAUUUUUUUUUUUACAAAAAAGCACUGUAUACAUAUAAUUAGACCAGCCACUUAUUUGGACCAAAUCCUUAAAUAGGCCUACAACUCAAAUCAAAUUAAUCAGACCAGCCACUUAUUUGGACCAAA